AUGGAAGAUCAAGAUACGAAAACUACCAACGGCUCCCACUGUGAAGAAAAUGGCAGUCCUGUCCAACCGGAUUCUGCAAAUUCAGGCGUCAAUGAUGAGAACCAGAAGGUGCUCGUCAAUAGUCCUGGCCCAGAACAAGGAGGCGUGAAGUCGUCAUUAUUAAAAACCAGCCCUGGCAUAGGGAGUAUUAAAAUUAGCAGGAUGAGUCUUUUUAGUUCAUCAGAUUCACAGAUACCCAGCAGUCCUGGUUCUGAGAAUUCAGAAGCUCGGAGAUCUGUGCGUGGAAGUGUAGGAUCUAUGGAUAAUGAUGAUGUCCUCUGUGAUUCAUGUAUCGACGACAAGAAAAAAGCUGUCAAGUCCUGCCUGGUCUGCCAGACAUCUUUCUGUGAACCUCACCUGAAGCCCCAUUUGGAGGGGGCUGCCUUUCGGGACCAUAAGCUGCUGGAUCCCAUCAGAGACUUUGAAGCUCGAAAAUGUCAACUGCAUAGCAAAACGAUGGAGCUGUUUUGUCAAACAGACCAGACAUGCAUCUGUUAUUUGUGCAUGUUCCAAGAACACAAGAACCAUAACACAGUGACAGUGGAGGCUGAAAAGUAUGUCAAGGAGACAGAACUGUCUGAGAUACAGGAUCAGUACCACAUGCAGUUGCUUGAAGUAGAUGAUGAAGUGGAGAGAUGGCAGAAGGAGAAAGAUCGCAUUAGGAAUUUUACAGCCAACCAGAAAUCGGGUGUGGACCACAGCUUCAAAGAUCUCAUAAAAGAACUGCAGAGACAGCAAGAGGAGGUGAAAGCCAGUUUAGAGCAGAAAGAACGUGCAGCUGUUGACCUCAUUGAGCAAAUUGUAAAUGACUUAAAAGUGAAAAAAGAGCAACUUCAAGACAAGCAACAUGAUGGAGAUAAACUGUUACAUACUACAGAUGCAGUGCUCUUCUUACAGGAAUUCCAAAUGGUAAUAAGAAAUGCUCCUCCAAUACCCCCACUACCUACUUAUGCAGUGACUCUGGAAGGAGAAAGGCUGACUCAAGCUAUGGGAGCAAUGAAAGAAGAACUGUUGGGAGUCUGCAAGAAGAAUGUGGAGAAAUACUGUAAACUUGAGGCUAAUAAAAAUCUUGUUGAAAAGAAUGUGGAGAACAGAUACAUGAUGAAGGAUCUGGCAACUAACUGGGCACAACCAAGUGACUCAUAUGGAAGGUUCAGCUCUCUCUUUAAUGUGAAAGCUGGUGGACGACCAUCCUUUCAGCCCUCUUCUGUACACACAUUAGCUGACAGCUCUGCUUCAAGCUUGAACAGCCUCUAUGGAGCCAAAGGAUCACACAGGAUGUUCGACACCUCUUCCUUUACGGCCCAAGAAGAUACUCCCAGCUUCUCCCAACCGAAUUAUUCUCAGAAAGCCACCAGCCAAGUUCCAUCCUACCAAUUUUCAUCCACUGUGACAACCACAGAGACUAAUAGUCAGCAAGAAAACAACCCCUACAACAUGAAUGUGUACCCAAUGAUGACAAGGCACCAACCAGCAAAAGCUUUGCCACAAACAUGGAAAUCCCCAAAACAGAGUCUGCUGGCUCAGCAACGCCCUUUCUAUGUGAACAAGGGAAAUACCACUAACACCGAAUCCCCAUGA